ACCCAACCCAUUAUCAAUGGAUCUACUUGGGUUUGGGUAUAAUUACCCAUAGGUAGGUAAUUUGCCAUCCCUACUUUCCUCUCAACAGAAUCAAGUCAAAUAUCGAGCAUGAAGCCUCUCCUUUACCAAAUUGAAGAACUUGAGGAUACAAUGUGCACAUCAGCAGCGCCCGCCAAAUGUACCAUAUCAAGUGCUUCGUUAUUUUCUCGAGGGCUCUCCAAAUAUGGAAGAAAAGUUUGUCAAAAUUCGAGAUGCUUGCUGAUUAAGAAUGCGUGAUAGUGUCUUUAGUUGCAUAUAUGGCAGUGGCCAAAGUAGUUUUCUGGCGAUUUAACCAGUAGCAGAGGUUAUUAUAAAAUCGUGAUAAAAUUGAUUUAUGGUUUUAUCUAUACAACAAUAUAUGAUCAUAUAGUAUGGUAUCACAAACAUAAAUAACAGUAGACUUUUUUUAUUGUACAAGUUACGAGAAUUUGUUCGAAUGACAAUCUGUGCAGGGUAGUGAAAAGUUGAAUGACUACUUUGUUAAUAAUCGUAAUUUUGUCACCCAAAAGUUAAGUGACCAUUUAUACAUUUGACCCUAACUAUAAGAAGACAAGCGAGGAAGGGCAGACCGCAGAAGAACCCUCUCCAGUCUCCACAGUUUCACACCGUCGCUGUUUCCCCAAAUUGUGAUCGUUACUUGUGCAUGGUUCGAUGCCAAGAAACAAUUCCCGAUUCCUGUUUCUCCGGACAUUGCUAAGGAGCUCCAGGUACGAACUCAUCGUUGUCUUCUAAUUAGCGCUAUAGCUUACUGUCGUAGUACUGUCCUGUAAGCCCUAGUUUCUCACCUGGAUUUCUUCAUAUCGCGCUUCUUUACCAUGCCAUUGUUUACUUCGAUUCCUUAGAAGAGGCGGGUUGCUGAGCAUAACCCAGUAUGUAGAUUGUAGCAUGCCUAUCUUUCGUGAUUUCACAAUUUAUAAAUGAUUGAACUUUACUAUUCCCUGGUUAUGAUUCUUGUGAUUUCAAUUGUUUUGGAAAAAAGGAGGACGACAAUGGAUGAGAAUUCUGGGGAGUCCAAGAAACUCAAGAGGAGCCAUGCAGUUGACAGGCUAAGCCAUCUUCCUGACAAUGUUAUCCAUCACAUUCUCUCAUUCCUUGACACCAAAUCCUUGGUCCGAACUAGCCUUCUCUCGAGGAAGUGGAGAUCUUUGUGGAAACAUGUUCCCGUCCUCAACUUUGUCCAGAGUUCCUUCCCUAACUUGUUGAGUUUCACAAAGCACGUACACAGGAUCUUGUCUACCCGAUACCGUAGUGUCCCUGUUAGCAGCAUUACCUUCAAAAUACGCGAGGAUAAGUGGGCAGGUGCUAUGAAAACAUUUGAAAAGAUCGUGAAAUAUGCCUAUUCUCAUGGUGGUGGUGGUGGUCUUCGCCAUUUGUCUUUCAUCCAUAACAAAUUGCAGUUCAGCAUCAGAGACGUGACCAAUGUCGUAUCCGCUUCUCAUCAUCAAGAAUCUCUCAAGACACUCAAGCUGGGGACAUUCACUUUCGAGAGGGAAUUUGAUUCGCACUUCAAAUUGCUUACCGCUCUUGAACUGUCUGAUUGUCUCCUGAAGCCUUGUUCUACAGGAGAGCCCUUUGAUCCGUUUGCUAAUCUGCCUUGUCUAAACUACCUGAAGUUAGUCUGCUGUAGUGUAUCUGGUCAAGGCACUGGAAUUGGAUUGAUAAUAUCGGGACUUGAGUUGCUUGACCUUCAAAUUAAGCGUUCAAGCUUCGGCAUUUAUGAAGUGAUUGCUCCAAAGCUAAAAUCUUUAUAUCUACUUGGUGAUGACUAUGAUCCAUAUGUUCCCAAAUUGAAUCUACCAGCUCUUGAUCAUGCGAAUAUCCGUCUUGUUUCGGACAUACCAUAUGGUUAUGCAGAACUGAAAGAGGAGCAUCGUAGAUAUAUGGAUUUUUUGGGUGCUCUUCGGAAUGUAGAGUGUCUCCUGCUACGUUUCGACGAGGCCAUAUAUGGUCUUGAUGAAGAAGGCGACUUUCCUCUUAACAGAAUCAAGGCCUUAAUAAAGCCUGAGACCCCUCCUUUUACCAGGUUGAAGACCUUGAAGAUGCAAUUUGUGGGUCUAGAGAAACUGCCGAACAUACAUUAUGAAGUGAUUCGCUAUUUUUUUGAAGGCUCUCUUAGUACGGAAGAAAAGUUAUUUCAGCUUGAGCUGGUUACUGACAAGCAGUACUAAUGCUUCAAAUGGUAUCAAAACUAGUACUAGUCAUACUCUCAAGUUGAAUGCAUGGCAACCAUGAUCCCAGGAGGAGAGAAAUUGGAUGAUGAGAUAUGUUGCUGUUCAUCUGGUCAUCCCGAAAUGUUUAUUUUGCGACUUUCCUGUUGGCUGGAAAGAAUGCAUAGAGUGGCUGACUAUGUGCUAGUUUGUGUUCACGUAGGCUGAUACUGUGUAGGUAAGGCAUUGACUUAGGAAUCUAGGGAUGUUUGAUGGUGGCAUGCUUAUUUUUUGCAUUUUGUUCAUUAACCAGACACAACCAUGCUGAAAUAGCAGCCACGUAAAGAACUUCUGCUACUUCUGUGUAGUUGCUUCUGCAUUAUUGACCCAGGAUGCAGAGGAAAUUAGAUGGGGCAGUGCUCUAAUGUGUAGACCAACUAUGCUGCUACUUCCUUUCUGAUUAUGAGUAAGGAACUCAUGUUAGCAUAUGAUUCAGCGGGAUCCUUUUGUUUUGUUUUAUAUUUUCCCUUCAAGCUGAGAAGUGCGGCUCUAUUCUUGUUAGCUUUGGAAAAUGGUUGGUUUAUUCUGGUGAUGUUGCUGCAUUCUUAGCUGGUGAAAUUGGAACCCCAGAAGGAUGAACUGAAGUCUUAACCCGGACACCAGAGCUAUCGAGGGAAACAGAGUCAUUUCCACAUGCGCCGAGUUCUUCACUACAUUCACUUUCUCGCACGACUAUAUCUUGGAACGAAAUUGUUCAGAAUUGAUUGAUUUUUAUCAAAAUUGUCCUUUUAUAGGGUCACAAAACCAUUCAUUUUAAUUGAUUGUCAAACGUGAUCACCUUUGCUUUCCAUGGAUCCUUGAUCAGCUCAAAAUCAACAACCCUAAAGGCUAAAGCCACUCGGACUUCUACGGCAAUGCAGUCUUUUAAUAUCCCAAUCUUGCUUAACCAUAUUCUCCACCAUUCUCGCCCAUUGGAGCUCCGCCAUUUUACCUCCCGCAGGGAACCGAUGAUCUCGUUGGGAAGUCGCGCUCCUGCUGCGAACUUGGCUUUCCCCUGUGCUGCAUCCUCCAAGUACUUGCCGAAUCGCUACCCGUCGUUUUGAGGUAACAGAGAAUAGUGUCGCCUCAUCUGCCAUUUGCUUCUUCCUCAUCGGCCACUUGCUUCUUCGCCUCCGGUGAGCCGAGGAGUGUGACACUUGAAACUUUAGCGCCAAGCCGACGGUCACCGCCGGUUGAAAGUCGGUUAAGCUUGGCAGACCGGUAUGUCAUUUUUAGUCGGAAAAGGAAAGAGUUCUGAUUUCUUCCUGAUUCUAGUGUAUACAAAUCACGUCGUUCUAGGCUUCACAGUUAACUUAACCCCGCAGUUAGGGUUUGCCAGAGUGUACAAUCAAUCCCCUGGCUCUGGGAACUCAAAGGUUUCCGCUCCCAUGAUAUCUUUGAAUCGACCCACUGCCGCUCCAAACAAGUAAUGCAGGAUUGGAUUCUUGUUAGGGUUUUCUUUUUCUCGUCUGCAUCCUUUCUCCAUAUCUAGUACUGUAUUAGAUCCAUUCAUGGAUUAUUGGUGAAGAAAAGUCUCCACCUUUGUUGUUCUUGUGGGCGAUCGCUGAGGUAGAUUGGGAGAUGUCAAUUAGUGUUCAAGUUGGUUCGAUGAACUGAAAUGACCCCUUAUACCUUAUGAUGUGUGUUCUUGCUCUCUCUGUUUCCCAUCUUGGGUUUUCCAUUAGUGUUCUAACUAGUGUGAUGGAAUUGCAGCAACUGUUUUUGCUCUCUCAUUUUCUGGUUUGGUGGUGCCAUUAAGCCUUCCUCCUUUUCCCAUGGUGGUCACUUUGAGAAAACAGAGUGUAGCUCUCAGGGAUGACUGAUGAGGAUUUUCUAUAUGCAUUCACUUCGCUUGAUUGUUUUUUUUUUUUUUCUGCAGCAACAACAGCUAUAUAUGAAUGAUAAUAAUAGAUUGCAUUGGCA